AUGUUUCUUAAUUCCUUCUUUCUUCCUCUCUCUCUCUCUCUCAGAUGCACUAUAACUCCUUUUCUUUCUAUACACUAUAACUCCUUCUCUUUCUGUCUUUCUCUCUCUCCCUCUCUCUCCUUCCUACUGUAUAUCAAUGUUUUCGGAUUCCCUCCUUCUUUCUUCCUCUCUCUCUCUCUCUCUCUCUCACUCAGAUACACUAUAACUCCUUUUCUUUCUAUUAACUCUUUUUCUCUCUCUCUCCCUCUCUCUCCCUCUCUCUCCUUCCUACUGUAUAUCAAUGUUUCGGAUUCCUCCUUCUUUCUUCCUCUCUCUCUCUCUCUCUCUCUCAGAUGCACUAUAACUCCUUCUCUUUCUGUCUUUCUCUCUCUCCUCCUCUCCUUCCUACUGUAUAUCAAUGUUUUCGGAUUCCCUCCCUCUUUCUUCCUCUCACUCUUUAUGUACCUUUUUUACCGUCUAAAUAACGGCUUUUCUGAUUCUUUCCCUCUUUCUUCCACUGGGCUACCUUUCUUUCUCAUCCCUGUUCUUACUCUUGCCUCUGGGCCAUAUCUUUCUGUGUCUCUAACUCCUUCUGAAUUUAAUUGGGUUACCUCUCUUUCUUUCCCUCUCUCUCCUGUUCUUAUUCUUUUAUCUGGGCCAUCUCUCUCUCUCUCUCUCUCUCUGACCUUCCACUAG